AUGGCUACCCGAACCGGCCCUGUAUCGACUUUUAAACGCGAGCGCGCGACCUUUCUCUUCGAGUUGCGAAUGCAAGCGAGGCUGUUAAGGGCAAACCCACAGGCUGGUGAUGAGGUUGCUGAGAAUAUGCGUGAGCUUGUUGGUGGUGUUCAUCGCCUCAAGCAUGCCUCUAUGGCUAUGGCUGUUGAUGCCCGAGGCAAUGCUUAUGUCCUAGCGAAACCGUACGGGUUUUAUAGCUAUAACGUGCCGCUUAUGUGCAAUAACAUUGUUGCUUGUCUGUUGCACUGGGCGGAUAUUCUUGUUUAUACUGAUGGGCGGAGGACGGAUGGGAUUGUUGUUGAUUCUAUUGAGGGGGUUUUAGCUUGUUUAUGGUUUUGA